UUUUACUCACAAAAAGUCUCAGAUGGGAAACCAAAUCUCACUUCGUCCUUCAGACACCACAGGCAAAAUAGUUUUCUGGGAUGGGUCGGUUCAGCAAUUUGAGCAACCGCUAACGGUGGCAGAGGUGAUGUUGGAGCACCCAGAACAAGUAGUUGUUGAGUUCAAUGCAGCAGUGAAACAGAAAAGGCCAAUUCCAUUACCUGCUGACAAGAAGCUAGAGAUGAACAAAGUGUAUUUGAUGCUUCCAGUGAGGCGAGGGAAGCCCCUUGGUUUGAGCGGCGAAGAAAGUAGACGCAUUCUCUUGAUGGUUAAUUCUGCUUUGCAAUCAAAGUAUCUUGUGUGCUCUCCAAGGUUUCUUCCUUGGCUUACACGUCUAUGCCAAACCACUACCAUUGUGGAGCCUCAGAGAAAGGAAGAGGAAAUGGGCAAGAAGGAAGAGAGGUGCGAUUUUUCUGAGUUUUUGCCUGAAUUGUUAGAAGGAAGACCAGAGUAUUUGAAUAGGCAAUUAUCAGGGAAAGGGUGGAAACCUAGCUUGGACACCAUUAAGGAGAAGCAUAUUGAGAAAAAGCUCACUCACUGGUUGUUCCUCAAGAAUUUUUAGUUCUACUUAUCUUAAUUAUGGUUAUUAAAUCGGUGAAGAUGUUUUGGCUUUGUGUGGGCUUUAUACGUAA